GACGAAGACGGAAGUUCUUUCGCCAGAGGCGGUACCAGAGCCCAGAAGGGCUCGGAAUUGCGGAAGUUUUAUGAGGAGGGUCUUACGGCUGGUGGAGUGCAGUGUUGUUUCGCGAGUUCCGUUAAGGAGGUUGUCGCUUGAGGUCUGAGAGACACCAGUUUCCCGAGGUUUGCGGCGGCCACACUGGGAGAGAUUCGACGUCGCUGCUGUUGGCUCUGCUCGCCCCUCGUUCGUCCCCAGGGAGCCGCCUCGGAUUUCCGCCAUGGCAUCCACUGGGUCCAACCUCCAGAAAGCAAUAGAUCUUGCUAGCAAAGCAGCACAAGAAGACAAAGCUGGGAAUUAUGAGGAAGCCCUUCAACUCUAUCAACAUGCUGUACAGUAUUUUCUUCAUGUAGUUAAAUAUGAAGCACAGGGUGAUAAAGCCAAGCAAAGUAUCAGGGCAAAGUGUACGGAAUAUCUUGAUAGAGCAGAAAAACUAAAGGAGUAUCUGAAGAAAAGAGAGAAAACACCACAGAAGCCAGUGAAAGAGGGACAGCCAAGUACAGCUGAUGAAAAAGGGAAUGACAGUGAUGGGGAAGGAGAAUCUGAUGAUCCUGAAAAAAAGAAACUGCAGAAUCAACUUCAAGGUGCCAUUGUUAUUGAGCGACCGAAUGUGAAAUGGAGUGAUGUUGCUGGUCUUGAAGGAGCCAAAGAAGCACUUAAAGAGGCUGUGAUUUUGCCCAUUAAAUUUCCUCAUCUUUUUACAGGCAAGAGGACACCUUGGAGAGGAAUCCUAUUAUUUGGGCCACCAGGAACAGGAAAAUCCUAUUUAGCCAAAGCUGUAGCAACAGAAGCAAACAACUCAACAUUUUUUUCAAUAUCUUCCUCCGACCUUGUUUCUAAGUGGCUAGGUGAAAGUGAAAAAUUGGUUAAGAAUUUAUUUCAGCUUGCCAGGGAGAACAAGCCUUCCAUUAUCUUCAUUGAUGAAAUUGACUCUCUCUGUGGUUCGAGAAGUGAAAAUGAAAGUGAAGCUGCACGUAGAAUUAAGACAGAGUUUCUUGUGCAAAUGCAAGGGGUUGGUGUGGACAAUGAUGGAAUUUUGGUUCUGGGAGCUACAAACAUACCCUGGGUUCUGGAUUCUGCCAUUAGGCGGAGAUUUGAGAAACGAAUCUACAUUCCUUUGCCUGAAGCCCAUGCCCGAGCUGCAAUGUUUAAAUUGCACUUGGGAACCACUCAGAACAGUCUAACAGAAGCAGACUUCCGAGAACUUGGGAAGAAAACUGAUGGUUAUUCAGGGGCAGAUAUCAGUAUCAUUGUUCGUGAUGCACUUAUGCAGCCUGUUAGAAAAGUACAGUCAGCUACUCAUUUCAAAAAGGUUCGUGGACCUUCCCGAGCUGACCCUAACAACAUCGUAGAUGAUCUGCUCACACCCUGCUCUCCAGGGGACUCUGGUGCCAUUGAAAUGACGUGGAUGGAUGUCCCUGGAGAUAAACUUUUGGAGCCAGUUGUUUCCAUGCCGGAUAUGUUGCGGUCACUGUCUAACACAAAACCCACAGUCAAUGAACACGACUUGUUGAAAUUAAAGAAGUUUACAGAAGAUUUUGGCCAAGAAGGCUAAACCAAAGACAGCAAGGAAGAUGUUUACUAUAUGUAUUCCUGCUUUCACAGAUACUUAUGCCUUUCUUGGGUGGCAUUCAGAUCAUUUCCAAUAAAACUCUUCUACCAUGGAGAAAAAUACAUCUUUCUCCAGAGUUCCUCUAAGUUUUAUAUUGUACUUUUCCUCUGUCACCUAUUAAAUGCUUCCAAUAACAAAAAUUAUAAAAUAGUAGGUUAUAAGAAAAUGCGCAAUAUGUGAAUGGUAUAGAAAGUGGAAGUUACCCAGUAAAAAGAGUAUUGAACACUGAUUGAUCUACAAAUACUUAAAAGUUUUAUGAGUGGUGGUCUUUGCAGAGUCUUUAUCUUUUUUCUUUUUUUUUUUUUUUAACUAAAGUGAAAUAGGGCUUUAUAUUUUGAAAUCAUUUUCGUAAACAUUCUUAACAUUGUAAAAUUUAUUUUCUUUAUUAAAAGAGUUAAAAUGGUAAAUCUUUACUCUCAGGGAUGGGCGAUAAAACAACAAAGAGCACUGCUGUGAUUGGUUUAAAGAGUGAAUUGUGUGAUAGCCAGCUCUUACUGAUUUUUAAUAGGUUGAUUUUUUUUUUUCUGUUUAGUAAUUUCUUUAAAGGCAGCAAGUUUUCGUAUUUAAUUGAAUGAACCUUCCACUGUACAGUCUCAAGAGAUGACUUUCUAUAUUAGGCAUUGUCUUUACAUUGAAGGAGAAAUUGUCUAUUUCAGUGUCUUUUUAUAAAGAUUGACCAAAACAGGUGGUAAAUAACUAUGAAUUUUUAAAAUAUCUGUCAUGAAAUACUGUAAUGGGAACCUUUACUAAUAAGAAAAUGUCAUCCCUUUGGAUUAUAGGAAGUUUCCUGUGUGUCAUGUGUGAUAUGUGUGUACAUAUAUGUAUAUAAUUUGUUUUUAAUGUAGGAUAGUAAGGGUCUUGUCUUUCUCCUUUUAAGUUCAGGGAGGUUUGUCCUGGUCACUUAUAUAUUAUGACUGUAAUACUUUAUGAAGCUUUAGAAAUCAAGUGAUGUCUCAUUAAACAAUAAAAUAUAAACAUGACAUUAUGUUAUUUUAACAUCUUCAAAUCUGAGGAUGUGUGUUACACACUUGAACAUCAACACUAAAUUGUGCCUUGUACAUUUGCAUUGGCUAAACAUGCAAAAGAUUAAGUUAGCUAGAAUGAGAUGGAGUCAUUAAGUACAAUAAAGUUCUACCUUGCAAAUGGUAUCUAAUAACUCACAUUUGAAGUAUAUUUGCACAUUUUACAUGUUAUGCUAUAUGGUUGCCUUUGGGUUUUCUGUACAGAUUGUUUUUGUUGAUGUUUAAAUGGAAAUCACAGGCUUAAAGUAUGAGUGAAGUAAAUUGGUAUAACCAACUGUUGCUAUAUUCUGUAUAUGCUUCUUUAUUUUGGGUCCUUCUAUUUAGGAGAAAAUAUCUAAAUUGAUUAACUACAAAGAUAUAAUUUAAUAUUAGUAAGAGUAUAUAUACAAAAGUUCUGUUUUAAAGUUUUUUUGUGAGGUUUGGAAAUUAACAACAGACCAACACUGAAUUCUUUAUGGAUAAGAUGAUUUAUAUACCUUUAUGAAGCUUUAUCUGUUGUACAGUAUUGCAGUUUAGGAGAAGUAAAUAAAAUUAUAUGUAAUUGAAAGCCAAAAUCUUUUGUGAAUCCAAAAUUUGAGGACGUAUUCUAAUUAUUACUUAUUUAAUACAUGACCAGAUAGUGUGGAAGCACAGUAUCAAUGAUAAGUGGAUACUUUAUCACACUUAUUUCUUAACAUGUGCUUUUGAGAGCUGUGCCACUAACCAUAUCACUUUUAGGUAUAGCUUUACUUUCUAAGUUUCUAAAAUUAUGCAACCUAAUAAUUUUAGACUUGCUAUAGAAUGGUAGAAACUCAGAGGACCUGAAUGAAUGUGCUUUCUGUGGCUCUUAACCAUUACAGAGUUUUAGGUAGAUACAUA